UUAGCAUAUGUAGCGUUUCAACAACAACAAAAGCCUCAGUGCUUAACGAGGAAGCGGUUACUUUGAGUUCCUUUCAGGCGAAGAAUUACAGCGAUUCGACUUUCGCUUCUAUAAAUCAUGACUUGUUGACUGUAAACGCAUUCGCUUCUUGUCAAGCGCCGCUGCUGUGUUUCUCAGCAUGUUUUCACCUGCGGCUGCUGCCUCUGCGUGCAGGUGUUGCAUUACAUCAGCAAGCCACAGUCACACCAUCUGAGGUCAGAGGCUCCGCCCACUCGCAUUUGCAUACAGGAAAAAGAGGCAGCGGCCAUUGGAACAUGACCACAGACCAGAACUCUGUCUUCAGCUCCGCCCACUCAUUUGCAUACAGUGGGAAGGGAGCAGCUCCCAUUGGAGAAACUGCAGACCAUAGCUGAGUUCUAGCUCCGCCCCUCUCAUUUGCAUACAGAGGAAGACCAGACCUGUGUUUUUUAGACUCGCUGAGCCUCUAGACUUUAUUUAUUGCUUUUGGCCGAGCAUCAGACUCCAGCGUUAUGGCUUGAGGCCAGUUUUGUACACUCUUUUUAAUUUUUUUGAGGAUGAACAGAUCGUUGAGUUUACGAUUAUCUCGCAGGCAUGGAAAUAAUCUCUACAGCUAUGCGGCGGAUGCCGGGACGAUCCCCGCGAAGGUGAAGAAGGGGAGGAUGAAAAGCAAGCUGGGGAGCAGGAAGGGGUUUAGUUUGGAGGAGAAUCAGCUGGAGGUUCAGCAGCAGACCAAGAGCCUGAGCCGGCAGGUCCUGCACAGGUCUCUCACUCUUGAUAUCGACAGACCUCUGGAGAGAAGCGAAAGCCUCAACUCAAGAAGUAGUUUUAUGAAGCACAACAAAACAUUCCACAAACUCUUCCCAGAAGUCCCCGAGACUGAAGACCUGCUGCAUGCUUACGUGUGUGCGCUGCAGAAGGAAGUGCCUUAUCACGGCCGUCUGUACGUCACCGACAGCAGCCUGUGCUUCUUCUCCUCCGUGCUGCUCAAAGACACCAAGCUGGUCGUUCCCGUCGCCAGUGUGAGCGUCCUGAAGAAGCAGAACACCGCGCUGCUCGUGCCAAACGCUGUUUCCAUCCGAACCACAGACGGAGAGAAGUAUUUGUUCGUGUCUCUGCGUAACAGAGAAGGCUGCUAUAAGCUGCUGCGAUCCGUCUGUCCUCAGCUGGAGGACGGAAGUGCCAACAGCAGCCCUCUCUUCUCAUCAGCCGAGAGCAGCUUCGAUCAGGCCAAACCCCUGAACUCCAGUCACUCCAGUCUGGACGAGCGGGACGAAGUGUCUCCUCAGAUCCAGCUCUCUGCGUCUCCACUCGCUUCAGAAAACACUGCGAUCAAAAGCCCUUCAGCGACUCGCGGCUCACCGCAGACGGCAGACGAGAGCUCGGGUGACGAAGACACCGGAAGUUCGUGGGUCUGGAGCGUGACGGAUAGAGUGCAAUCUCUGCUCAUCCAAAGAGAAGUCAGCAACCUCAACACUCUGCUGCUCAUCUACCUGAUCCUGGUGUUUCUGCUCUUGUUGUCGUCUGGCUAUAUCGGCCUGCGUAUCGUGGCCUUAGAAGAGCAGCUGACGUCUCUCGGAGCCCUUCCUGAAUUCACCCUACAAAGCGGGUACAAGGAAACGUAAGGGAGCUCAUCCGUCUGAACUUUGGAAAGAACCACCACAAAAAGUUUUUAAAGAUCCACUAGCUGCCGCAGGGAAUGCUGGGAAGGACCUUUAUUUGCACAUGCGCCAGCUACUAAAACUCUGUGCGUCUUUGCCAAGGAAACAACCAAAGGCCACGCAUUACGGGACGCUGGUGUUGACGAAACGCGGGCGGUUUGUGUUAGUGCUGCAGCAACUCACCCAAAAACAACUAAAGACAACGGGUUUGUCUCUGAGGACUGUCAAAGACAACAAAAACAAACUACUUCCGUGGAAAAGCAUUUCAUCGGUUAUUGCUCAUGGAAGCGCCUUCGUUUGACCACUUUUACAACCAUCCAAAAAUGACGCAAAUAACUUUUUUUUUCUUCGUAAGUUUUACGUUUCCUUUCCGUCUUUUUCGUCAGUCUUUCGGUUUCAUUCUUCCUCUUACGUUUUUUUUUUUCGUAUAAAGGGUUGCGAUAUUACUGGUUUCAGUUUAACGAUAAAAAAGAGCUAAGCUAGCUAACCAACGCUCACUCAUUGUAGCACCUUUGUUGGACCACUUUUAUGAGCAUCAAAAAAUGUUGCAAAUAACUUUGUCAUAUAAGGGGUUGCAAUAUUACUGGUUUCGGUUUAACGAUAAAAAUAGCUAAGCUAGCUAGCCAAUUGUUACUCGUUGCAGCGCCUUUGUUUGACCACUUUUACGACCAUCAAAAAGUGUCACGAAAAAUUUUCUCCAUUUUUCCUUCCCAAGUUCCUUAUUUUUGAUGGCUAGCUUUGUCUUGUUCGUCUUUUGGUUUCAUUCUCCCUUAAUUUUUUUUUCGUAAAAAGGCUUGUGAUAUUAUAGGUUUAGUUUUAACGAUAAAAAAGAGCUAAGCUACCUAACCAACCCUUACUCAUUGCAGCGCCUUUGUUUGACCACUUUUACGACCAUCAAAAAAUAAAGUCGUGAAUAACGAUGUCGUAUAAGGCGUUGCGAUAUUACUGGUUUGGUUUAACGUUAAAAAAGAGCUAAGCUAGCUAGCCAGCCCUUAGUAUUAUUGUAUGUAUAGUCUAUGCACAAGAAACGCUCAGAUCAGGUAUUUAACAAGUUUUUGUAUCUUUUUGUCUUUUUAUACUUUAAGGAAACGAAGUAGUCCAACAUGUUGGUCUUUUCAUAAUCCGAA